GCCGUGCUCUAUAAUGAGCCGAAAGGAGUUUUUGAGACCUUUUUKUUUUUUUUUUUUUCUUGGCUGUUUUGUUGUUGUUGUUUGUUUGUUUGUUUUUCCUGACCUGGACUUGAAAGGCUGCAGGAAGAAGAAUUGUUGUGUAGGGUUUAAAAUGCGGUUGAAUUUGUGAGGUUUUUUUUUUUUUUUUUUGUCACGCAUGGAAGAACGGGACGACCACGCCGGGAAGCCGCUUCCCCAGCCGGCAGCAGAGGAGCGGAGCGCCGGCAGCCAGCAGCCGGAAGUCCGCUGCCGGAGGAGGAGGGUGGCCUCGGUCAGCUCUCCUGCUCUGUCCGCCUCACGGCUCACCUUACCCGGGGUCAUGGACUCCGAGGGCAGGGUGGACGAGUCCAGACUCAGGAUGCACAUCUUUAAAAACGGUGGCGUUUGUCCCUCUGAGCGAGGCCUAGCGUGGCGCUUCCUGUUUGGGAUGUACCCGUGCAGCUCCACGGCAUUGGAGCGCUCCCUGCUGUGCGAGCAGCUGCUGGUGCGUUACCUCGUCAUGAGGAGAAAGUGGCAGCAGUUUCUGCCCUCGGCGGUGAGGAUCCAGCUCAACGGCACCGACGCUGAGUUGGUCUCAGCUGUCAGGUACUUUGACCAGAGGGAGGCUCAGGCUCAGCAGCAGACCCAGGAGCAGUCUGAAGAGAUUGGGGACAGACUGGUUUUCUUGGAGCUACAAGCUCAGAUUCUGUUUGAGCGUGUCACGUUUGACCAGGAGGAGCUGCGAGAAGCCAUACGGAUCAUCGAUAAGGACGUCCCUCGAACAAACAGAGACCUCAGCUACUACCAGGAUAAAGGUUUAGGCAACCUGUUGGUGCUGAGGAACAUUCUCAUCACUUAUGCUGCUUUUCAUCCAGAGGUCAGUUAUGCUCAGGGGAUGAACGACCUGUGCAGCCGCUUCCUGGAGGUCCUCGAUUCGGAGGUCGACGCCUUCUGGAGUUUCUCUUGCUACAUGGAGAAGUUCUCCCGAGAUUUCAGGGCCGACGGCCUGCACAGGAAGAUAGAGCUGGAAGCAGCCCUGCUGAAAGAACUGGACCCUCCACUCUAUGCUCAUCUGGUCAAAGACAAUAUGGAGAGUUUCACAUUCUGCCACAGGUGGCUGCUCCUGGGCUUUCAGAGGGAGUUUGAACACAGCGAUGCCCUGCGUUUGUUCGAGAUCCUGAGUUGCGACCACCUGGAGCUCAUUUCGCAACAAGUUGACCGAGCUCGCCAUCAGGAGAGGCUGGCACAGAAAUACUGCACAGAGAACAGGUCGAAGUCAGAGCUGCCGGCGUUCAACACCGACUUCACCUUUGAGCUUUUCAUCUGCGCGGCCAUCCUGUUGGACAACAGAGAGUCUCUGCUGCAGUGCCACGAUGACGUCCAGCUCAUCCAGUUUACCAGCAGCCUCCAGGGAUCACUGGACCUGAACGACACGCUGAAGAAAGCAGAGAACCAUUUCUACAACUACUGCAAGCGAUGUGCCUGGGACUAUGCUGCUCGCUCUGCAGCGCUCUGUCACAGACAGGAAGACUUCUUCUAUCACCUCCGGAGUUUAUUUGUUUUAAAGUAACGCCAUUAGCUCCAUGGCAAAGACGUUCUGAGAGAAAUAGUCUGACGGCAGCUGGAACUUGAAAGUAACAAGAUAUCAUUCCUUUGUAGCAAGAUGAUGCAAACAAAAAUACACUUCCUUAUUAUAAAUGUACAGUAUUUAUUCUAUGAACACUAUCUAAUAAAGCUGUAAGUUAUUA